AAGCCACUCUCUACCCUGAUUAUACUGACAGAGAACAGGUCGGACAUUGUAAUUCGUCUGCUCUUAUUGAUUUCCUUCAUUUAUUUACUCACUAUGCAUUCCAUCUAUACUGCCAUCACUCUUUGGAGUGCCAUCGUCUCUACAGGCCUCGCCCUCCCUCGACCCGAUGGUAAGAUUGGAGUGAGCGGCGUUCCCAACGUGGGCUAUGGGCAACAGCUUCAGGACGGAGACCAAGCGAACCACUGGGUCGUCUGGGUGGAGGGCGAGAACGCUUGCCCGCCUUCUGUAGUCAUUGAUCCUCUCACCGACUCGCCAUGUAAUAUUGACUUCGAGCUUCCCGGCUACGACGGACUAUUGCACCUCGGCGACUGCGACAAGAAUAACAAACCGCAUUCUCUGUUCACGGAGACCGAUUUCGUAACAAGCUGCACGCUGCACGAUUCCACAAUCCAUUGUUCGGGAUCCACGCACAACGUUAUCAAGCACGGCAAGUGCAAACAUUAGAAAGAGAAAUGAGAUGUUGUUGCGUUCAACGGUAGUGGUGAAAGACAACACUCUGUGGCUGUGUAAAUCAUCGGGUACAAGAGGCUGGACUCCUUUUUUGCUUAUUCUUGUAUUAAUUAGAGGGGCUUGUACCGAGGAAGUAUAAUAUGGUGUGGCAUUUCAAAGAAAG